AUAAGAAGAGUGUGGAAUCCCGCACGGAUCACGUCUUGGAAAUUGGUGCCAGAUGCCUGAAGAUAGUCAUCCAGUCGGGAGAAGGGGAUCUGAGCAAGAGCCAGUUUGCGGAGCAGACCCCCUCCAGCUACUCCGUCCCUUCCAGCUCUUCCCCACCUCAGCAGGAGCAGCAGGCAGCCAAAGGCCAUGGAGACAUCGCAAGAGAAGUCAUUACCAAAAAGAUAUUUCUUACAGUAUCUGCAACUUUGAAUACCAAUAUGUUCACUGAACAGCAAAGGGAGAAAAUUACCAUUAUAUGUCCAAAUUUAAAAAGAGAAGGAAAUCCUGAUAUAGAUGGCUCUGAGAAAUUGACAGGAGAUUUUACAGAUAUUGAAAAAGCUUAUCACUACUUUGAGGACAUCCUUGCAGGCAAUGACCCAAACCAUGAUAUUUCACAUUCUGAAAGUAAGAAUGGUUUGAAAGGUGAAAAUGGUCUGAAUACUGAAGAAAUGAAUGAGCUUACAGUUCCGUCAGCUCUCUAUGAAUAUUUCAGUCAUACCUGCAAAGAACAAAUCAACGUACUACAUGAACGUUUCAGAGUACGUAUAAAAAGUAAAGAUAAUUACAAUGGAACCACAUCAAUAUGCUUCACUUCUGAUAAAUGUCCUACAUCAAUACAGGGAGCUAAUGAUUUUUUCAUCAGAAUUUUUCAGAAAAGUGUAGAAGAUCUGAAACAGGAAAAAAUUCCUGUAACAAACAGUUACACAUUAAGUGAAACAAUAAUGAAAUUAAACGCUAAGUUUAGUAAUCUUCUUGCCAAAGAGGAAGGGGAUCAGUUGCUACUCCGUGGUCCAGCAAGUGAGAUUGUAUCUGCCAAAAUAUUUCUAGCAGAGGAAGGUGAGGACAGCCAAGCUGAAAAGAACAUGAAAAUAUCAUCUGAACUGUACAAAUACAGGAAUGGAAUUGAAGUUGAUGCUUCUGUGUUUAAAUUGUUGGAAACAAUAUUAAGCAAAGAAAUUGAAGACAUUAAAGACAAAUUUGAUACAGUAAUAGAAAAGAAAGACAGUUCAUAUGGCCAGAAGAUACUCAUAAUAUUUAGGCCUAGGAUCAAAACUUCUGAUAUGUCCUCACAUGCUACUGAAAGUUUCAUCAAUGCAUUUCAGAAUGCCUCUGCAAUGUUAAGAGAAAACCUCAUCAGUGUGAAGCUUUCAGAAGAUCAGAAGAAAAGGUUAAAUAUGCUACUUAAUGGAAAACAACUGGAAGAUCUGCAUGUAAAACUUAAGAAAAAGGAAGACAAAUUAAUCUUAAGUGGUUUACCAAACCAUCUUCAUGCUGCUGAAAAGCACAUUAUGAACCUUCUUAACAUUGAAGACUCAAUACAAACUAAAAAUAGGACACCACUGUCCUCUGAUCUCAGCUGUCAAGAAGCUACAGGAGCAUCUGAGAAGAAAUACAAUGGCAGGCAAAAAAAGAAUCUUUCUGCUGAAGGACAGUCUAAGGCAAAGACAGAAGAAGACGACAAAGAUGUGUGUCCGAUUUGCAUGGAGAGAAUUAAUAAUAAAGAAAUACUGAGAAAGUGCAAUCAUGCGUUUUGCAAAAGUUGCAUCGACCAGGCCAUGACUUACAAGCAAAUGUGUCCUGUGUGUAAUACCGUCUAUGGAGUCAUGAAAGGAGACCAACCAGAGGGAACAAUGACAACUAGAAUGGUGUCUUCCUCUCUCCCUGGUUAUCCCAAUUGUCAUACUAUUGAGAUUACAUACAGUAUGCACAAUGGUAUUCAAACUAGCAACCAUCCAAACCCAGGGAAACCUUAUUGUGCAACUUCUCGAACAGCUUAUUUACCUGACAAUAAAGAAGGGCGAGAAAUUCUGCAGCUCCUCAGAAGAGCCUUUAGCCAAAAAUUGAUUUUCACAGUGGGGCAGUCACGUACUACUGGUGCACAAGGUGUUAUCACAUGGAAUGAUAUCCACCACAAAACAUCCAUGACUGGAGGACCUACCAA